AUGGCGGAGGGUUGGCCCAUUCCUUCGGCCCUUGUCUUCAUGCUGCUGAGUUUGAGUGCCUGGGCUCUUGAGUCUUGUCCCGCUCCUUGCUCGUGUUUAAAGGGACAAGAGGAGGUCAAUAUUCUGGACUGCAACAGGAAAAGGCUGUCGACGGCUCCCGUAGACCCACCAGAUGGGAUAACCCAAGUCACCAUGAACCACAAUGAGCUGACUGUUCUUCCCUUUCUUGGAGAUGUUUCAUCAAAUAUCACCUCGCUGUCCUUAGUCCACAAUCGGAUCUCAGAGCUGUUGAUGCAUCAGCUGCAGCCAUACGUUUCCUUGGAGACAUUGGACCUGACAUCCAACUCCAUUACUGAGCUCACAUUUGGAUCCUUUCCCUCCAUGCAGCUGAAAUAUCUGAAUUUGAGUAAUAACAAGAUCAGCGUCCUCGAGCCCGGCUGCUUUGAAAACAUCUCCAGCUCCCUGCUGGUGCUGAAGCUGAACAGGAACAGAUUAGCUAUGCUGCCGUCCAAAGUCUUCAAACUUCCACAGCUUCAGUUCCUUGAAAUGAAGCGUAACAAGAUCAAGAUAGUGGACAGUCUGACAUUCAAAGGGAUGGACUCACUGCUGUCACUGAAGAUGCAGAGGAACGGUGUCACCAAGCUCAUGGAUGGAGCCUUUUUUGGACUUAACAGCAUUGAAGAACUGGAGCUGGAGCACAACAACCUGACGGAGGUCAACAAAGGCUGGCUGUAUGGACUGCGCAUGCUGCGUGUCCUGCGGGUCAGCCAAAAUGCUCUCGGCAUCAUCCGACCAGACGCCUGGGAGUUUUGCCAAAAGCUGGAGGAACUAGACUUGUCCUUCAAUCACCUGACGAGACUUGAGGAGACGGCUUUCGUAGGAUUAGGUCUCCUGGAUAGCCUGAACCUCGGGGAAAACUCCAUCAGCCAUCUGGGAGAGGGAGUGUUCGGCAGCCUGGCAAGUCUGCGCACCCUGGAUAUCCGCAAUAAUGAAAUCUCCUGGGCCAUUGAAGACUCCAUUGGGAUGUUUGUUGGAAUGAAGAAGCUGAACACACUAAUCAUACAGCGGAACAAAAUCAAAUCGAUCACAAAGAAAGCGUUUGAGGGCCUGGAGGAGCUGGAGCACCUGGACCUGAGCAAGAAUGGCAUCAUGUCGAUACACCCCGAGGCGUUGUCCCAUAUGAAGCUCAAAGUGUUUGUCCUGAACACAAGCAGCCUGCUGUGCGACUGCCACAUGCAGUGGCUUGGGCCUUGGCUGACUGACAGCCACUUCCAGCAUUCUGUCUCUGCUGUCUGUGCUCAUCCUGCCAGCCUACUCGCUCACAAUGUCCUGUCCAUCGGCCCGGAAGAGUUUGUUUGCGAUGAUUUCCCCAAGCCUCGGAUCACAACUCACCCAGAGACUUAUGUGGCACUGCGGGGGAACAACGUGACUCUGAGCUGCAUUGCCUCCAGCAGCAGCGAUUCGCCAAUGACCACAGCUUGGCGGAAGGAUGGGGAGGUGCUUUAUGACGCAGAAGUGCAAAACUACGCCCGUUACCAGGAGGGGGAGUUGAUUUACACCACCGUGCUCCACCUCCUCAAUGCCAACUUCACUGAUGAAGGGCGCUACCAGUGUGUGGUCUCCAAUCACUUCGGCGCCAACUACUCCAACAGGGCCAGGCUUACCGUCAACGAGCUGCCAUCCUUCCUUAAGACUCCCAUGGAUCUGACCAUCCGGACUGGGACUAUGGCCAGGCUGGAGUGUGCUGCCGAAGGCCAUCCAUCACCCCAGAUUGCUUGGCAGAAGGACGGAGGAACUGACUUCCCUGCUGCCCGGGAGCGCAGGAUGCAUGUGAUGCCAGAUGAUGACAUCUUCUUUAUUGCUCACGUGAAGACUGAAGACAUGGGCGUGUACAGCUGUACGGCUCAAAAUGCAGCUGGCAGUCUGUCUGCAAACGCUACUCUCACCGUCCUGGAAACUCCAUUCUUCAUGCGGCCGCUGAAAGACAGAACAGUGGCCCGUGGUGAAACUGCCGUGCUCCAGUGUAUCGCUGGAGGCAGCCCAGCCCCUCGUCUCAACUGGACCAAAGAUGACGGGCCUCUGGUACUCACCGAGCGACACUUCUUUGCUGCAGCCAACCAGCUCCUUAUCAUAGUUGAUGCUGGUCCCGCUGAUGGUGGGAAAUACACUUGCAUCAUGUCUAAUACUCUGGGAACGGAGCGCGGCCACAUCUACCUGAGCGUCUCACCAAACUGUGAUACCGGCAUGGGGGACGGCUGGACCACCGUGGGCAUUGUGGUGAUCGUGGUGGUGUGUUGUGUGGUUGGAACAUCGCUGGUCUGGGUCAUCGUCAUCUACCACAUGCGCAGGAAAAGCGAGGACUACAGUAUCAGCAACACAGAUGAGAUGAAUUUGCCAGCAGACAUCCCGAGCUACCUGUCCUCUCAGGGUACUUUGUCAGAGCCGCAGGAAGGCUACAGUAACUCCGAGGCCGGCAGCCACCAGCAGCUCAUGCCUCCUCUCUCCAAUGGAUACGUUCAUAAGGGCACAGACGGUGUGUGUUAUGGAGACACAGGCAGCGAGGUGGACACUGAGGGGAAUGGCAUGUUGCACUGCAGGGUCGGCUCUCUGUUCACUGGCCGUAGCAGCUUCCACCCCGGAGAGCCCCGUGAAGGACUGACUGGGAUCCCCACAGGUGGUGCAGGGCCGCUGGUCAUCUGCUCGGACUGCUACGACAACGCUAACAUCUACUCUCGCACGCGGGACUACUGCCCCUACGCCUACCUGGGGGAGGACGACCCGCUGGACAAGACCCUACCAGGCCUGAAGGAGAGCUUCGCUGAGCAUGCCCAGCAGGGGGACGCGGCACUGCAGAGCCUCAUUAUUAACCGGGACUCCGACUUCCUCACCGCACACGACAAAAGGUUGAGCGGCCACACUCCCCCAGAGCACUACGCUAAUGAUUCUCAUAGCCGGUCCUUCUGGGGAGAAGGAGACGAUCCGUCCUCGAGACCCCAACCAGCCGCGUCCCAGCACCCAGUGACGGUGCACAGGACACCACUUCUGGCUUCCACUGCCGACGGGGCAGAGGAACGGAGUGAAGCAGAGGCGAACUGUUUUCCCAGCCAGUGCACACAAGACCACAGAAGUGCCUCUAAUAGGACUAACCGUCAGGAGCAUCCUGCUGCCACAUAGAUCCUUUCACUCCGCCCACGUUCUGCCUCGUGUUGCUGCGCCCCCCCCCCCCCUCCUCCUCCCUUCACCCACUACCUCCAAAGAGACUCCUCACAUUCUGCCAAAAAUGCUCUCUUGUAUGUUUACAUUCCUCAAGAGGACAUAAUAAUGUUCUCCAUUGUGGAGAGACCGCCGUGUCACACUGGAGAAAUGGACCAGUGAUUUAAACUCCUCCUUGACACAUCCACCUCUGCAGGAACCUGUUCUCCCACAUCGUCCCCUCGUCUUUGUUCUCUCUAGAGAAAGCUAUAAAUGUAUGCUUUUAAAAAGAGCCAUGUCACAUGCUGCCAUGAGAGAACGGCAAGACAUGGUUGAGUCUUUUACAAGCUCUCUCUCUCUGUCUCUGUUUGUCUGUCUGUCUGUCUGUCUCUCUGUCUCUCUGUCUCUCUCUCUGUGUCUCUCUCUGUCUCUCUCUGUCUCUCUGUCUCUCUGUCUCU